AUGGCUCCAUCCGCAAUACCUGAAAUACCUGCGAGUGAUGGUGGCAGUCCGCCUCAACAGAUGCAAUCUGAAGGCGAGACUAAUGGUAGCAGCAGCCAUGCUGCAAACGACCAUGCAGUUGAAAAUGGAGUUCCAAAAACACUUGCGAACGACCACGUGGUUGAAAAUAGAGUACCCAAAACGCUUGCAAAAGACCAUGCGGUUGAAAAUGGAGUACCUAACCCAAGUCAAAGCACCACAAAUGAAGGCAGCACAAGUGAAGGCAACACAGAUGAAGGCAACACAAGCAUGCCAGCUGCGAUGGAGAUCGCUAUAGUUGGAAUGGGUGCGUACCACUCUCUAUGAUACACCACCCAAUACUGAAGUCAAUCUAGGUGUUCGUUUGCCAGGCAGUGUAACAGGUCCUGAUGAAUUCUGGGAGCUGUGUAGCAGAGCACGAAGUGGAUGGUCACCUAUUCCCAAAGAAAGAUUCAAUCACGAGACGUUUCAUCAUCCAAAUCCAGACAAGAUAGGAUGCUACAAUCCACGAGGUGGCCAUUUCUUGUCCGAAGACAUUGGAUUGUUCGAUGCUCCCUUUUUUAACCUUACGGAAAAGGAAGCGAUCUCUCUUGAUCCACAGCAACGUCUCCUACUCGAAUGUACAUAUGAAGCAUUGGAAAAUGGUGGAAUCACAAAGAAACAUAUUGAAGGGGAAAACGUUGGUGUAUAUGUCGGCGGAAGUAAGAAUAACGAUCUCUUUUUUCUAGAAAUCUUUUGCUACAGGUAUCUGUAGAGUUGAACUCCAAUCUAGUUUCCUCAUAGCUUCUGUGUACACAAUGCUCACACUGACUCGCACAGGUUUCGCGGAUUACGAAUUACGGAACUGCAGAGACACUGACACAGCACCGAUGUACCAAGCCACUGGCUGCGCAGCUUCACUUCUAGCAAAUCGCAUUAGUUACUACUUUGGCCUGAGUGGACCUUCUUUUACUUGCGAUACGUAAGCUCCUAACACCUCCAUACUUUUGAGUAACCACACUGACCCACCCCUUACAGAGCUUGCAGCUCUUCCCUGACAGCGCUUCACCUUGCAUGUCAAUCUCUCCAGAGUGGCGAAUCAAAACAGGCGAUAGUUGCAAGUUGUCACCUGAACCUACUACCUGAUUAUUUUAUUAUUAUGAGCAUGCAAAGGUAUGUAAAAUCAAAUUUCGUAGGACCGUUCGUCAUCAAAUUUUCACAGGGCAUUUGACUUCACGUGAUGAUCAUUACUCACAAAUAAUUGUAGUCUAUUCUCUGAUGAGGGCAAAUCAUACGCGUUCGAUCACAGAGGAAGCGGAUUCGGCCGAGGUGAAGGUGUUGGUUGUGUUAUUUGUAAGCUUCAAUGACCCCUGCAAGACCUACUGCAUUUCUAAAUUCAAGAUUGCUAACUUCAUUCCGUUGGCAGUAAAACCACUCGCUGAUGCUAUUGAAGAUGGCGAUGCGAUACGUGCUGUUAUUCGGGGGACUGGCAUCAACCAAGAUGGCAGAACUAAAGGUAUCACUAUGCCCAGCGGGGAUGCUCAAGUUACUUUGAUGAAAUCUGUUUAUGAAAAGUCCGGGCUGGACCCCACUGAAACUGGUUAUAUCGAGGCCCACGGGACUGGCACGAAGGUGGGAGACCCCAUUGAAGCCACUGCGAUUCACAGUGUCUUUGGCGAAGGUCGAACGAAGAGGCAACCUUUGUUCAUUGGUAGUGUAAAAAGGUGAAAUCCAGCCCUUAUACUUGGCGUAAUUCUCCUAACAGUUUUCAGUAACAUCGGUCAUCUUGAGGGUGCUUCCGGAGUAGUCUCUGUUAUCAAGACAGCAAUGAUGCUGGAGAGGGGAUUCAUACUUCCCAACGCAGGUUUUGAAAAAGGAAACCCCAAGAUUCCUUUGGACGAGUGGGGAAUGAAGGUUGCCAUCUCUCAACGACCCUGGCCAAGAGGGAAGAAAUAUGCUUCGUAGGUUUCUGCUGAAAUGAAUUAUGCCAAUUACUGACCUUUCUGAAGAGUUAACAACUUCGGGUUUGGAGGUGCCAAUGCCCACGCCAUCCUUGCACGACCUCCAGCUCCUGUGAAAAUGGUUACAUCUGGAACAAAUGAUUCAUCAGCAACUGGCACGAAAUCAAUCCCAAAAAGAAUCUUUGUCCUGUCAGCGAAUGACAGACCGGCUCUGGAAAACCAAAUGACUGCACUCACGGUUUACCUAGAACAGCGCCCUGAGGUAUUCCAGAAUUCGCUCCUACCAAACUUGGCUUACACCCUCGGUCAACGUCGAACUGCGCUAGCCUAUAAGCUGGCAAUCCCGGCUAGAUCAUCGGCUGAACUCAUUCCUGCUCUGGCUACGUCAAGCAUCACACAGUUCAGAUCUACUACCGAGCCAAGAAUAGGGUUUGUUUUCACUGGCCAAGGUGCACAGUGGCAUGCAAUGGGGAGAGAAUUGCUUGAUGCAUAUCCAGUAUUUGCCUCUACAAUGGAAAGAAUUGACAAAUGCUUGGCUAGCUUGGGCGCCGAAUUCUCUCUUCUAGAGGAACUUUCCAAGGACGCUCAAUCAUCUCGUGUGUCCGAUGCACAAAUAAGUCAACCUGCAUGCACCGCUAUACAACUCGCCAUGACUGAUCUUUUCAAAUCCUGGGGUAUUUCGCCAAUUGCUGUUGCCGGACACUCGUCAGGCGAGAUUGGAGCGUAUGCGAUUUCUCUUCUUCUCCUCCCUUUUCCCUUUCUACUGUCGUCGCUCGACUCAGAGAUAGAUGCUAACUUUUUCAGUGCUUACGCCACCGGCUCUCUUGUACUGGAGGCAUGCGUUGCAAUUGCCUACUUUAGAGGACAGAUGAUCGUCAGCUUGAAGAAGCAGUUUCCUGAACAAAAAGGUGCUAUGAUGGCUGUCGGAGGUUCGGCCGAGGACAUCGGACCUCUCCUCGAAUCAUUGAAGGAGGGCCGUGUUACCAUCGCUUGCAUCAACAGUCCAUCCAGCAUCACUGCGUCGGGUGAUGAUAACGCCAUUUCCGAAUUACAAGACCUGAUUGAAGAGAAACAAUUGUUUAAUCGAAAGCUUCGCGUGGAUACCGCUUACCAUUCACAUCAUAUGGAACUUGUGGCGGAUGAGUACAUGUCCACCAUAAAAAACAUAACUCCCGAAAAUAUCUCUGGUGUGACCUUCCACUCUUCACUGUUAGGAAACAAGGUUGAAACAACCGAGCUCGGGCCCGAGUAUUGGGUCAAGAAUUUGACUUCAACUGUGCGUUUCUCGGAAGCUGUAACGAGCAUGAUUCAGCCGAUUGACGAGGCUUCAUCAGUCGGGGUUGAUUUUAUUAUUGAGAUCGGACCUCAUGCUGCUUUGGAAGGUCCCGUUAAGCAGAUUCUUAAGGCGAUUGGCGGCAAUGCUACGAAAAUCCCGUACGGAUCGGCACUUCUUCGGAACAAAGAUGCUGUAGACACCACAUUGGACCUUGCUGCUACACUAUUCACAAAGGGAGCUCCGAUUGAUUUUGGAGCUAUCAACUUUCCCAUUCCUGGAACGAAGAAUCCCAUUGUCCUGACGAACUUACCGAAAUAUCAAUGGAAUCAUUCCAAGAGGUACUGGCACGAGUCUCGAAUCGCCGAGAACCAUGUGUCGAGGCGGUUUGCCAGAAAUGAUUUGGUUGGAAAUCUUGCAGUCUACUCCAAUGAUCUAGAGCCUACUUGGCGUAAUAUUCUAAGAGCUGACGAUAUGCCUUGGAUGCGACACCACAAAAUGCAGGAUAUGACUGUUUACCCAAUGGCAGGUUACAUUGCAAUGGCCAUGGAAGCAGCACAGCAGCGAGCAAUCAUGCGAAAUAUUUCUUUUGACAAGUUUGAACUUAGGGAGUUUACCGUCAGCCGCCCAUUGGUUAUCCGUGAGGGGGCUGACGUUGAGGUCAACAUCUCACUCAGAGCCCACGCUGAAGGAACUCGCUCGUCUUCCGAUACUUGGGAUGAGUUUAGAAUCUUCUCUUGGGACAAAGAUCGAUCAUGGAUUGAGCAUUGCCGAGGAUUGAUCUCUGUUCAAAAGAUCCAAGAUGGGAAUGUUGUGAAUGGUGCCCAAUUGAAAGUUGAUGCCAAAAAUGAUUUGAUGGCUAGAAUCUCAAAAAUCACAGAAAAGUCAACCACCGAUGUCAAAGCAGGCGAUAUGUACGACGCUUUGACAGCUGCUGGAGCCGAUUAUGGAGAGAUGUUUAGGGGGAUGGAGAACUGUCGCGCCAGCAAUAACACUGCUGUAGCCGAACUUAUAAUCCCCAACACUGCAACCAUCAUGCCUCAUGGACAUGAGCCUGAUAUGAUCAUCCACCCCGCUGUCUUGGACCAAUUUAUCCAGGCAGUGUGGCCAAUUUUUGGGGCUGGUCGAGAUGGUCUUGGUGUUCUUUAUAUGCCUUCAUUUGUCCAGAGUAUCUCUAUAUCAACGGGUAUCACUCGAGCGAGUGGGGAACGUCUUAAUCUCUACGCAAGUGGGACACCAACGCCCGAACAUCCAGUCCCUACAAAGCUGGACCUUUUUGCAACUGCCAUCGGUGGAAAUGAUGCAUUGAUCAGCAUGGAAAGUCUUGUUAUGACCCCCGUCUUUGACGGUUCAAACCAUUCAAGUUCGAUAGCUAACCGUGAGCUCUGUUACAAGAUGGAGUGGGAAACUAUUCCUUCGAAGGAAGAGGUUUCGAAGGAAGACGAGAAAGCAGCCGUUGACACACUGUCAGAACUCAUCGAUACACCAGUCGUCAUCAUCUGCCAUGAAACAACGCAGCAGGAAUUGGUAACAGAAUUUGUAAGUCUUUUGGAGAAAGUGACGAAACAAACACCAGAAAUUGGCUCCCUUGAUACCGUCUCAACGGAGGGAAAGAUCUGUAUCGUUCUCUCUGAGCUGGAAACACCGGUCAUUUCCAACAUGGACUCUGAGACCUUUCAGUAUGUCCAACAGAUGACAACUUCAGCAUCUGGUAUUCUCUGGGCAGUCCGAGGUGCUUACACAUCUUCCGAAAAUCCCGAUGCUGAGAUGGUAAUUGGAAUGGCAAGAUCAGUUCGCUCGGAAACUCUGCUUAAAUUUGUCACUCUGGAUUUGGGUACCACACCACAACUUUCCACUUUUGGGACAGCGGAAACGAUUCUCAGAGUUAUGAAGAAUACUUUCUCGCCUGACUCGCCAACUAUUGGAGUUGACAUGGAAUACCAAGAGCGUGAAGGCGAGCUUUCGGUCCCACGUAUUGUUGAUGAUGCAGACAUGAACAAGUUUGUUCACCAAGAGACAGCAACUGAAUCCUCAGCAUUGGUACCAGACCUUCAGCCAUUCUCUCAGCCAGGUAGACCACUCAAGAUUGCCAUAGAGACGCCAGGUGCCCUUGACACACUCUAUUUUGUCGAUGAUCUUGCAGUUGGAAGCGCCCUUCCAGAUUACGAAGUCGAAAUUGAGGUCAAAGCAACCAGUAUGAACUUUAAAGAUAUCAUGAUUUCCAUGGGUCAAUUGAGCAGCAACUACAUAGGUGUUGAGUGUGCUGGUGUGAUUAGUGCUGUGGGCAACAAAGUUACAGAUCUCGCGGUCGGUGACCGAGUCUGUGCUAUGAGCGAGGGAGCAUACGCGACCUACACCACAUGUCUCGGAACCAGCGUCCAGAAGAUUUCUGACUCCAUGUCAUUUGAAGAUGCUUCAACGAUACCUGUCAUUUUCUGCACGGCUUUCUACUCACUUUUCGACCUAGGACGUCUUGUAAAAGAUGAGACAGUCCUUAUCCACGCAGCAGCAGGUGGCGUUGGUCAAGCGGCCAUCAUGCUCUGUAAAAUGAUCGGCGCUGAGAUUUUUGCGACUGUUGGAAGUGUUGCCAAGAAGGAGUUUUUGAUGAAAGAAUAUGGCAUUCCAGAGGACCACAUCUUUUAUUCUCGAAAUACUUCUUUUGCGAAAUCGAUCAAGAGAUCUACCAAUGGCCAGGGCGUUGACUUGGUUCUCAACUCCCUUGCUGGGGAUCAGCUUAGGGAGACUGUAAGUGGUUGGUUUCUAUUGGUUUCUGAAGUACCCUACUGACUCCAAGAUUCUGUAGUGGGAUAGUCUGGCACAUUUUGGACGCUUUAUUGAGAUUGGUAAACGUGAUAUCGUCAGCAACUCGAGACUUGAGAUGGCUAGAUUUGAGCACAAUGCCUUGUUUGCCUCGGUAGAUCUCACUGUUGUUGCUGCAGAGCGCCCAAAGAUCAUGAAGAGACUUCUCAAGGAUGUCUUUGAUUUAGUUGGCCAGGGAGUCCUUAAGCCAAUCUCGCCCAUCACUGUAUUUCCUAUUUCGGAUGUGGAAUCAGCUUUCCGAACCCUUCAAGGUGGCAAGAUUAUGGGUAAAAUCGUCAUUGUCCCCAAGAGCGAUUGUCAAGUCAAGGUAAGUUUUUCCACAAUACCUGUCGCAAUGAAUGAUCAUACGGUGCUAACAUCUCUAGGCAACUCCUGCAAGGAUACCUAAUAAUCUCUUGAAAUACAACGCCUCGUAUGUCAUUGUUGGUGGUACCGGUGGUCUUGGUCGCAGCAUGAGUAGAUGGAUGAUGAGCAAAGGUGCUCGUAGCAUCGUUCUGCUUUCACGUAGCGGUUCCGCCACCGGAAAGGUUGCCGAACUCAUCACAGAGGCAGCCGAGCUUGGAGCAACAAUCACUGUUCUUCCAUGCGAUGUUGCGUCCAAGGAAGCUGUCGAUAAGCUCAUCAGCACUGAUCUCGUCAGCCUUCCACCAAUUCGAGGUGUCAUCCACGCUGCGAUGGUUCUUGACGAUGUCUUAUUUGAGAAAAUGAUAUUCUCUCAAUGGGAUAGCGUUGUUAAGGCCAAAGUAGCAGGCGCUUGGAAUUUUCACAACGCUCUUCUGGCUACGUCAACUGAUCUAGACUUCUUCAUUGCACUUUCAUCGGCUGCGGGAACUGUAGGCAAUAGGGGCCAAGCAGCAUAUGCAGCAGCAAAUACUUUCCUGAACGCUUUCUGCCAAUACCGCAAUCGCCUGGGUCUACCAGCGUCCUCUAUCGAUCUGGCGGCUGUCAGUGAUGUUGGUUAUCUCGCCGAGAACGCCUCCAGAGCAGCAGAAGUCGCAGAGAAUUUAGGCAGUGAGACAAUCUCCGAAUCAGAAGUUCUAGCUUUGAUUGCAGCUGCCAUCACCGGGCGCAUGCAAACCACUUGCCGAGACCAUGCUAUUACUGGACUCAAGGUCUCACCAGAAGACCAGGAUCCAUUCUGGCUUGAUGAAGCGAGAUUUUCCCAUCUCAAAUCUGCAGCUGCUGCGUUGUCCGCAGCUUCCGACGCACCAUCUGCCAAUAUCUCCCUCUCUGCCGCACUCAAGCAAGCUAAGAGUCACGAAAAAGCAUUAAAUGUGGUGAUGGAUGGGUUGAUCACCAAAGUCUGCGCUGUUCUCAUGGUCCCUAGAGAGGAGAUGGAUGCUUCUAAGCCAAUCGUGGCGUACGGUUUGGAUUCUCUUGUUGCAAUUGAGAUCCGCAACUGGAUUACUCGAGAAUUAGAAUCCAGUCUCCAGGUUCUCGAGUUGUUGACGAGUAGCAGUAUCCGAGCAUUGGGUGAGACUAUCUUGAGCAAGAGCAAAUCGGUUGAUCUUUCCAAGUUUGCUGUCGAGGCUGAGGAAGUGGAGGUUAUCAAGGAGAUUGAAGCAGAGGAGAAACCUGAAGUCAAGAAUCCUGAGAAUCCAGAGGUUGAAGUUAAAAAGAUUGAAGUAGAAGUGAUGAAGGCUGAAGUCGAGGAGAAGAAGAUUGAGAUUGAGGAGAAGAAACUGGAAUUGGAAGAGAAGGAGGUUGAAUUGGAAGAGAAAGAAGUCGAAUUAGGAGAGAAGGAAAUCGAAUUAGAAGAGAAGGAAGUCGAAUUGGAGGAGAAGCAGACUCAAUUGGAGGAAGCAAAGCCUGCAGUUCUUGAAGCCGCCAAAGAGGAAUCAGCAUCUAUCACCAAAUGUAUCCCAGCAGAGGCUGUUGAACCAUCGACGGAGACAAAGGCUGAAGUUGUCGAGGCCGCCAAAGAGGAACCAGCAUCUAUCACCGAAACUAUCCCAGCGGAGGUUGUGAAACCAUCAAAGGAAGACAUUGUUCUCGGAGCUACAACUUCUCCCCGCCAACCAUCUCUACAAUCUCUGAACGACUUACUGUCGACUACUAAAGUUGUCUCCGAAACACCUCCAGUCGAUCACUCAGAAGCAAAACAUAACCCACCCGCCACCACUUAUGUCAAUGGAUCGUCUACUUCGUCUGAAACUGCACGCUCUGGUGAUUCGAGUCCAAUAGAGGGAUCACUUGCUUCUUCAUCGGUGGACGGACAUGUUCCCAUGGACGUUCAUAUUUAGGUUGAGAGUUCAUAUACCAUAGCUUUUUUUCGAUUUGGGUUCUCAUUUUAUAGGGAUUGCGUUUAUAUAUCCGGUCCAUUUUCUUUGGGGCUUAGUUCUAUUUGGGACGGUUUUAUUAGGUCUGGUUUGUUUUUGUCUAGGUAUGGGAUGGGAUAGGACUUGUGGUUUACGUAU